AUGGGUCAGUCAGACCAUCAUGUAGAACAAGAACGCAUCCGCGAACUGUCAAGUAAAGAUGUGUCCGAUCUUCAAGAUCAGCCCGCAGCGCACGAGCACGACCACGAGCACAACCACGAGCACAACCACGAGCACAACCACGAGCACAACCACGAGCACAACCACGAUAGCCAGGAGGAGAUCGACCAAAUCGACACCCAACCCCCGCCCCUCCGCAUCUCCAAAGACACAACCCUAACAGCCUUAACCCAACUAGGCGUCCACCGCUUCUCCUGCAAACGGUCUUUCGUCUCAAUCAUCGACGGCAAAAGCCAGCAUCUCAUCGCAGAAGCGACAUCCACCUCUUCCCUAAAAGAUGUAUCUAAACAUGCCCCCAACGACGCAAUCUUCCUCGGCGUCCAAACUCUCGACCUACAAUGGGGAGUCUGCCCACACGCCAUAGCUCUCUUCACAGGACAAGACAAGUCUGCCAUCCAGGAUACCGAAAACAUCACCGCCAACGAAACUCGCAAUAUCAUCCGCGAUUUCACGCAAGAGGACUUUUACAAAGAUCGUUCUUACGUGGUGGGCUGGCCUUACUUUAGGUUCUAUGCCGAGGUCCCUCUUUACAGCCCGUCCGGUUAUGUGCUGGGUUCGUAUUGUGUUGUCGAUGACAAACCACGGCCUGGAAUGGACGCCUUUAGCGAUGAGGAUGUUGCGGCCCUGAGGGAGAUUGCCGAUGCUAUCGGCGCGCAUCUGGAGAAUAAGCGGAUUGUCGAGUAUCAUCGGAGAUCGGAGAAUUUGGUCAAGGGUUUGACCGGCUUCGUGAAGUGUCAUUCGAAGUUUGAUCCGACUGUUUCUUCGACUAUUGGGAUGUUGGAGGGGAAGAGUGGGAGUCGGGUUGAUCUGACGGAGAUCGGGAAGGAUCGGAAUGGGAAUGGGAGUGGUGAGACCAGUGUUUCUUUGAAUAUGGGCCAGGAUGGAGAUGUUGUUUCUUCCACUCUUGGGAAGACUUCUUCUAGUGGGUUUGCGAGGCAGGAUUCUUCGAUUUUCUCGCGAGAUGCGAGCUCCGCGUCGACGGUUCCGUCUUCUAUUACGCACAGCUCGUCGGAGAUGCCUGAGCAGGGUUCUGCUGAGUUGGAUGGUUCGGCAGACCCGUCUGUGCUGGAGAAUUUGCCAAGCUCGGAGCGCAUUGCUGCUAUCUUCUCCCGAGCUAGUGAAUUGCUGAAGGAUUCAUUGGACUUGGAUGGUGUUGUUUUCCUCGACGCAUAUCGGAAUGAUCCGCAAUUGUUUCAAAUGCCUGCACAGACCGAUAGUUGGGCUGACCUGCCGGGUAUCAACUCUGACGGCGGGUCUCCUAUUACCCCACGCCCUCAAAGCCUUCUUAUGUCUGAUGGAGUAUUGCCAGAACGAUUUUGUGGCUUCUUGGGCCACGCUUUCAACUCCAAGAAUGACAAUCAAGACCCGAGAAUGCAAGCUGCAGUAUCGGAAGAAUUGCUUCAUUUGUUGAUCACGCACUUCCCCCAGGGUCACGUCUUCACCAUGAACAGUACCACAGAUGAUGACACCGAUCCUUCCGCGUAUGAUAGUUUCAGUUCCUCCCCUUCUGAAGAAGACAUCUUGCGACAUAUCUCCUAUCGCCUCGCUCGUCGACUGCCACGAGCCAAAUCUGUCCUAUUUUAUCCAUUAUGGGAUUGGAACAAGUCGCGCUGGCUGGCUGGCGCGUUAGUGUGGGCUGAUCGUGACCAGCGUCCCUUGGGAAUGGAAGACCUGCACUACUUCCAAGUAUUUGGUGACUCGUUGAUCUCUGAGGUUUCUCGUAUUCAUUGGACAGCCAGCGAGAAUUCGAAAUUCGACUUCCUUUCUUCCGUCAGCCAUGAGCUUCGUUCUCCGCUUCAUGGAAUCUUGGCCAGUGCUGAGUUGCUACAGGAUAUCUCGGUCGAACCAGCGCAUCGGGAUUUGGUGAAGAUGAUUGCUACUUCUGGGCAGACUUUGCUGGACACCAUGAACCAUUUGUUGGACUUUUGUAAAAUCAACAAUCUGAAGUCAACACCCAAGACCACAAAAAGGACCAGAAACAGGCGAAGACGAGCAAAAGACGAAGGAACUACCUUAGUUUCUGAAUUCAGUCUUGCCAAGUUGGUCGAAGACGUCGCUGUUAUACUACACACCGGCCGAGAAUCCCCCGGAAGUCUUUCACUUAUGGCAGAUGAGGAAACAUCCAUUCAUCAACGUCCCAAAACCGAAGAUGAAUUAUCAACCAUCAUCCGCAUCGAACAUGGAAACAAGUGGAUCAUCCGCUCAGUCGCCGGCGCCUGGAGAAGAAUCGUGAUGAAUCUUCUCGGCAAUGCAAUGAAGUGGACGGAGGCCGGAAUGAUCGAGAUGUCACUAUCAACUGCCACAGACCAAACAAAACCGUCCACAUCGCUUGCCCAUCUCCGCGUCGCAGAUACAGGUCGUGGUAUUGCUUCGGAAUUCCUCAAGCACUCUGCCUUUUCGCCAUUUACCCAGGAAGAUGUUCUCUCCGAAGGUGUAGGACUUGGCCUCAGUGUUGUUCACCAACUCGUCAAGUCAUUGGGUGGUUAUAUCAACAUGACGAGUGAACUUGGUGUUGGAACUCAAGUCGAUGUUUACAUCCCUGUGCAACAUUUGGUUGAUCACAUUCCACCCAAAAUGCCUGAUAGUCCUUCGCGAGAGGCAACAGCAAGCCCGAAGAAAGUGAUCAAGGCUUGCCUUGUUGGAUUCAAUGCUUAUCCUGAUUUGACUGAGACGCCUACUGGUAUCUUGAGCUCUGAUGCGAAACGGAAACUUGCUCUCCAGAGCAGCAUUGCAGGCGUGCUCAUGGCACAGCUGGGCUGGCGGAUCUCGCUGGCUGAGUCUCCUGAGAAAGGUGAUGGCGAUGUUGCUGUUAUUGAGGAGGCGGCAUUUAGAGCUUUGUCUUAUGAACACGUAUUGUCCGCUCAGCAUCCGUUCCGGUUCUUCAUUGUCUUGGCCAGUAUCGCAUCCUCGCCAAGCAGUCAACUUCCCUCCAAUGUGAUCCGGGUCCCACAACCAUUCGGACCGCAAAACAUAUGCAAAGCAGCUGAAAGAAUUAUGAAGCUCUACGACGAACAACCUCAAAUCAAGCCAGCCGCCGAAACAGAACAAGUUCCCACCCCUUCCAUAUCACAACAAGUCGUGGCCAACUUGGUGAAUGGAUCAAUGACCAUCUCACGACAACCCUCUGCUCCCUUGGUAACACAAAGCGAACUCCCCAUUUCCCCUUCAAUUCCUCCAAAAAAUUCAAUUCUGGACGUGCAUGUCCUUAUAGUCGAUGACAAUGAGAUCAAUCUCAAGAUCCUAGCAACAUUCAUGCGCAAACUAGGCUGCAGCUAUGACACAGCCUCAAACGGCCUAAUCGCGUACGAAAAAGUCGAGACUUCACCCCGGAGAUACGACUUCAUCUUAAUGGGUGAGUGUUCCAUUGCUACCGUGUCCCUCUGUGGUAACAAAACUUACAAUAUUUCCCCCUCGCCAGAUCUAUCAAUGCCAGUCAUGGACGGCUUAGUCUCAACUAGCAAAAUCCGCCACCACGAAAAAGAAAACAAUCUCAAUCCAUCGUGCAUCUUCGCAGUCACAGGCGUCGCUUCUGAUACCAUGCAGCAAGCGGCUGUCACAGCUGGUGUCGAUGAUUAUUUGGUUAAACCGCUUUCGUUGAAGAAACUCAGUGGGCUGAUGGGUCUUUCUUGA